AUGAUUUCUGAUCUGCUGGCGUUUAACGAAAUAAAGGCAAUAAAAGAAUCUCAAUUUCAUUUGCUCUUGAAAUUGCGCAAGCAUUUACACAGCGUGAACACAACAUUGUUGAAAGUUCAGAAGACGAUGAAGCAAGGCGUGAACGUGAACAUAGACUUAGAAUUGACAUCAAUCAACAACUCGAAAAAUCAAUAA